AUGUCUCGUGAAGGGAUAGCCGUUCGGGAUGAGCCCAAGGCGAACGCAGUCACUCCUGUAGACAGCCGCCAGAGCUUCCUCGAACCGUCGCUCCACGUACCAGAGUCCGUUCUCGGCGGAGCUCGGAGAUGGAACACAGGUAACCUGGGAUCGAGACUGGCAGUGGAUGCUGCCAGUGCUGCGACCGCUGGUGCCCUUAUAUGUCCGAUAAUCACGAUCAUUGAUCGGUCGAUUAUCGAAAAGGCAGCAAAGGGGAUUUCAAUUCAAUCGAGCUUGGCCUCAUCCUUGAAGGGCAUGAUAACUAAACCCCACCGCUUCCUUACUUCGACGCCGUUUCUGCUCAUAUACACUCUUUACUCAUCCACCUAUCUCUCUGCCAACUUGAUCGACACCGCAGUGUCAACAAUGGAAGACAAAGCAUAUAACAAUGUGUCUACUGGAAUUGUCAAAUUUGUAGCUACUGCUUUGGUAAACAUGUCUAUAUGCGUGUACAAGGACUCCAGAUUCGUCAAAAUAUUCGGAUCCCAAUCACAAGGGAACAACCAGUCAACACCGGCAAAGGUAGCAUCAUCAGCUGCAGCUCCACAGAUAAAAGGAACGGCCGCGUGCCUCCCACCAAGUACACCAAGGAUACCAAUAACCUCGUACGGUCUCUUCUGCUUCCGAGACAGUCUCACCAUCUUUGCCUCCUUCAACCUCCCGCCCAUAGUAGCAAGAUACGUCCCUGACGCAGUUGCAUCAAAUCCAAAGUCUAAAUACGCAAUUGCCCAGUUCUCCAUUCCUGCCGCUGUCCAGAUAGUCAGCACACCAUUCCACUUGCUGGGACUGGACCUGUAUAACCGUCAGCCUGUCGGUGGACUGCCGGCGGCCGACAGAUGGGCGCGUGUGACGAGAGACUGGGCCCCAAGCUGUAUUGCCAGAGUUGGACGAAUUGUGCCAGCCUACGGAGUCGGUGGUGUGGUGAAUACAAGAAUGAGAGAACGACUCAUGAGCUCUCUCGAUCCUGGAACGAGAUCGUAA